AUGGCUCAAACACCAGCAGCCGUGAAUUAUUCUCUCUUUCCAAGACUCAUCAGCUCACAUCCCAACUUUCUCACUCCUUGUGAGGGACUUGUGGCUCCAACGAAUUAUGUAUGCUACGGAGUGAAAUAUGUCCAACAACAUGUGUUGGAACCCAUCGGAGAGCCUGUUUAUCCGUUUUUCAAACCAAUUUAUGAUGUAUUGGAUGAGAAGGGAGGAGCCAUUGGGUUGAAACCAGAUCAAACAAUUUUUGUAUUGAUGAUGAUGUUUACUUAUGUUUUCAGCUUUAUUUAUAGAAUGUUGUUUAAUCAUCGGGCCAUGAAGGAGGCAACGUUUUUAAAAACUCUAUAUUUGGUAGCUGUUGGAUUGUUUUAUGCAAUUUUUACUUUUGGCUAUGAAGGGUUCCAUGCCAUUGCUUGUAGUUUUAUUAGUUAUUUAUGCAUGAUGGUGUUACCCAAGUCUAUUUCCUCAAAAGUUGUAUUUGUUUUUGUUUGGACCUAUUUGUCUAUGGCUCACUUUAUUCGAAUGCAAUUGGACUUUACAAGUCAACGUGUGGACUACAGUGCCAUGUUGAUGAUGAUGGUUUUGAGAAUUUCAUCCUGUUCUUUCAACUUUACAGACGGUCAAAAUCCAAAUGCCAAAGAAGAACUCGAUGAAUCUUUGGUUGAGUCCAGCAUUUCCAAAGUUCCAUCAUUUUUGGAAUAUAUUGCAUUUUGCUUCUAUUUUCCUGCUCUUUUGGCUGGACCACCAUUCGACUUUAAAUAUUUCCAACAAUAUUUAAGACAUUAUGAUAUGGAUACAAUUCCAUUCCAUGGAAGAGGACUCAUUUAUAACACUGUUAUGAUUUUCAUUAGUUUUGCUGGAUUCACUCAAAUUGACAGAUUUGACAGAGAAUUUAUCAUGAACAAUCGGGAAGCAUUUUCAAGCAUGCCCUUGCUCAAUAAGAUUAUAUUCAUUUUGCUCAUGGUAGAGUUCUUUAAAUUCCGUUACUUUAUGGUUUGGCAUAUUUGUCAAGGAUCUGGAUGGCUUGCAGGAUUUGGUUAUGAUCCAAAGAAGAAAGAUUGGUCUGCUGUGACUCAAAUUGAUUUCUGGGCAUUCGAGCUCGCUACGUCCCCAUAUCUUUUGUCUAUUCACUGGAAUAUUGGUGUUCACAAGUGGGUCAAGAAGUAUGUUUACCUUAGAAAUAAGAAGAAGGGAAGCAGACCAGGUACUAAGGAGGUAUUCCAAACCUUCCUUGUCAUUGCAUUCUGGCACGGUUUUUAUCCUGGUUAUUACAUUUUCUUUGUUUUAGCUGGUGUUGGUGUUGAGUUUGGAAGAAUAUUCAGACUCAUGUUCAGAAAACGCUUCAUUCCAGACGAUUACACCUUUGAUGUUUACAAGCCAAUUCAAUCUCUGAAAAAGAUCAAUGUCACAAUUGCGCUCUACAAUAUUGCUGCCUAUUUGGCAACUCAUGCUGGAACCAAUUACAUUGCUGCCUCAUUUGUGUUGUUGAGUAUUGACCACUCAGUUUUUAUUUGGAAGGAAACUUAUGGAGGGCCCAUAUUUUGUGGAAUUGUCCUGUACUUUACUUUGAAGAUGUUUUAUGGCAACGUAACUUCAUCCUCCGAGAAAGCAAAGAAACAACAAUAA